CUCUUGGCAGCUUAUAACGAAUUGGAAAUGAAAGCAUCCCAAAGUCGCAGGUGGGUUAAAACAUUCCUGUGACAAAUACAACCAGCUCAGUCUUCUGGGAUAUAAGUAUCACUGCCUUCUGAGUUCUAUUUCUAGAGAUCGGUGAAACAACUAAACCAAUCAACUAUAUCGGGGCGGCGUUAAAUCGAACUGGCAUCCUAAACAAAAUUGAAUUGUCAUCUGGAAAAGAUAAUUAUUUUAAAAAGAAAUCAUGUAUGUUAUGGUUUAACAAGUGAAAUGCCUUGAAACGGAGCAACAGAAGAGCGAAAAGUUAUUGCGAUUCAAGAAGAGUAUAAUUAUUGAAGCUUUUGGCAAUUCAGAUUUCUGUCAGGGAACUCAAAAGAUCCUAAGAAACCCAUUCCAUAAAGUUUGCUAAAUAACUACGUUAACAUCGAUUUUAUACAUCAAGGUGCAGGCUCAAGAAAAGCUAAGCCAUGAGGGAGAACUGGACAACCUUUGCAUCCAAUACAACCCUUCAUGGUCUGCGUUUCGUYGUAGGAACKUCGGGUAUUCGUCGUUUGUUCUGGGCMCUUUGCUUGCUUGUAUGUAUUUCGGCCUAUAUGUACAUUGUUUACGAUAGCGUAGCAAAAUUCACRAGUCGCCCAAUCAAUACUUUGGUAUCUAACGAAGUUCCAUCUGAAGGRAUCGAAUUUCCUGACUUUACAAUAUGCAAUCURAACUCAGUCGUYAAGUCCAAAAUCGACACCGCAUACGACGAUCCGCGAUUUGAGCAGCUCAAUCUUAAUAUGCCAGCCUGCGAAGUCGUGAGAAAUGUCAGCGGGAACCUUACGUGUGGACAGGCGCUACUAUGUGCAUAUAGUAAAGAUGCGUCAUUUUUUGUACCMAUGUGUGACAUGAGCAUGCACUCGAAAUUGAAUCAAAUUYUMAAKGCCCCAUCYCGUAUUUAUAACCCUGAAGACUUCUACUUUCGUUACGGACAUGGCUUGGGGACCAUGUUYAUGAAAUAUUGUGCUUUUGGCCGAGAUCAMGACGAUGAUGAACUAUGCAAUGAAGGUGAUUUUGACCCUGUUAUGACCGAGCAAGGAAUUUGCUACACUUUCAACAUCGAAAGAUACGUCAACCGGACGAAUGGAAAAUCAACAACAGUCCGCCUGGCAGGAGGGGAGAAUGGUCUCAGCAUUCUACUAAAUGCCGAAUUGGGGGAAUAUACAUUUGGUCAAUGGUCGUUUGGUCUUCGGAUAAUUGUUGAAGAGAGAGGAAAGGGUGUCAACAGAAACCAAGGGGUCCUUAUUUCCCCUGGUUCUCAUGCUAUUGUCAUUCUGAGCGCCAAUAAAAUAAAAAGGCUACGUGAACCUUUCGUUUCWAACUGUUCAGAGAGAUACCUUCCUGGAUAUCAGAGAUAUUCUAAAGGUAUCUGCUUCGAGCAGUGCUUGAGCAACAAAACUAUUGAAAGAUGUGGAUGUCGUCCAAUAGGAGAGCCAGGACAUCCGGAAGUUCCCGUGUGUAGCCUAGGAGACGAAAAAUGCCGUUUAGAAGUCGUAGAUGUUAUGCGUUUCCCAGAAUGCCACUGUAACUCUCCGUGUGAGGAAACCUACUACAUCCCACGAACAUCGUUCGCUCGGUUUCCUAACACAAUGAUCAUGGAUAUAAUAAGGGGAUAUGUGAAGAAUGACACUWCUGACSAAUACAUAAAGGAUCAUCGUGACCAGGGCCAGAUCCAGAGUCCACUGGUGCAUAGGUCACACACCCCGCAAACACCACAAGCUGCCGUGUACGGUUUUUUACUUACUUGCAAUCAUAUCUCCUUUCAAAGGGACAACUUUAUCUUCUUACAAGUUGGGUUUGCUGCGGURGAGUACGAGGUCAUCGAGCUACAGCCGGCCUAUGUACUUAGCAACCUCUUUGGUGACCUUGGUGGCAACAUGGGCUUGCUUCUUGGUUGUAGUGUUCUUACACUGGUGGAGUUUUUCGAUUACGUUUUCAUGUACAUCCUCGAUAAAAUUGAGGCCAACAAGAACAAAGUACAGAAAUUGUCAGACAAAUCGUCUCGACAGAAUACACAGGGCCUGCAACAGGAAUCUCAAGAUCAGGGACAGUGGAGAACAAUGGAACUUUAGGAUGUACAAAUCGAAGACAUA